CCUUAAUGUAGGUACACAGACUGAGAAUUUAUACAAACAGAAUAACCAGAGUUGAAUAAAGAAUCUUUGAUAAUAAGCACAGAUUCAAGAGUGCAUAUGAUUAAUGUAAGUUAGACUCGUAGUCCAACAAUAAGCUUUAUGGAUUUGAUCAUUAAUCUUAACUUCAAGGGGAGUCCAGACACCCUUUAGUUCACUCUUGUCUAUGACUGUGAGAAAACAGCAUCUUGCUACCGUCUUGUAAACCACAGAUCAUAGACAGAACAUCAAACAAAACAGACAAACCGCAGCCAUAAUCACAGACACAUUAAACCACAAAAACUGCGAGUAGCAAAAAAAAAUUGGUUUACAAGUUCGUACUGAAACCAAUUCCACCACUCCAACAUUGCAUUUACGUACGAAUCGCAUUAAGGCAAAGCAGAGUAAAAGCCUAUAAGUAAUGGUAAAGAAAAAGUUUUAAUAUUAAAUUCAGUUUACGUCUCUUGAUGAAAAGAUCUUGUGUAUCAAAUUUAUUAAAAAUCCUAUCCUUAAAAAAAUCCUUAAUUUCGGAAUUAAAUCUUUAAUAAAAAUUAUCACCGCCUAUUGACAAAAUUAUUUACACGUUCAUCAUCAAAGCAUCUGUUAGCAGAGAAAAGAAGAUAUAAGAAGAAGAAAAUAAGUUGUUGUGUGGCUAUAAAAGAGUGAAAGAGAAGCACAAGAAAAAAAAGAUAAAAAAUAAAUAAAAAAAGAAAGAAAAAAAAAUUUCUAUUUUGAGUUUUUUUGAAAGUGAGAGUUGAAGAAAUAAUAAGAAAAAGCCGAUACUGCUCAGUUUCCUCAAUACUUUCGGAGGUAUCGCGUCAAAAAAAUAAAUAAAUAAAUUCAGUAAGACUGCGACUUAGUUGGAUAUAACUUAGAUUAAUCAAUCACACAUACAAAAUGAAUAUGAAGAUUGCAUGCUUUAUCAUCCUCUCCCUCAUACCUGUUGCACUCAUGGAAAGUGCUGAGAAUUCAGCUGAAUCAUCAUCAGCAGAAGCAGAGAGAACGAAACGAUCUGGAUUAGCACCACUCGGUGGAGUUAUUCAGUCUCUUCAAAAGAGCGCAUUCAGUGCAUCAGCAUCAUUAUCACAAGGAAGUGCUAGUGGAGUUGCAGGUUUAUCAGGUGCAUCAUCUGGAGGAUCUGGACACGAUUCACACUCAUAUGGUCAUGAUUAUGAUGAACAUCACGAUACAAAAGCUUUUGAUGGAUGGUCUUUGAAGAAAUCAAUCCUUAAUACACUUUUACAAGCUGUGAAGGCAAUCGCUGGUGGUGUUACAACAUUGCAAGGACAACUUAUCAAAGGAAGCGGUUACUUGGUCACACAAAAGGGAAAACUCAUUCAAUCAGGUGGUGAUGCUGUCUCAAAUGCCGGUAAAAAUAUCGUUGCUUCAGCUCAUUUGAUCAAGCCAGAACAUGAUGCUGGACAUGGAUACUCAGCUGGUGGUCAUGGAAGUUCAUUCGGUGGAUCAUUAGGAGGUUCAAUUGGAGGUGGAUUGGGACAAGCCAUCGGUAACUCACUCGGAGGAUUAACAAAGUCAAUCACAAGUCUAUCAGCUGGUUCAUCAAGUGGAAUCACAAGUGCAUCAGGUGCCUCAUCAGCCGGAUCAUCAUCACAUGGAAGCAGCGGUGGACAUUCCAGCAAUGGACACUCUGAUGGAUACACAUCACAUGGAGAUUAUGCAGCCAUCGAUCAUGGUCAUGGAGUUACAUAUACAAACUCAUUCGACAACUAUGACAAUAAACCAGUCACAUACGAAUCGUAUGGACCACCAAAAUCUACAGUUUCACACAUUGAACAACCACAUGCUAUUUACGGUACUCCUGAAUAUAAUGAUGGCACAUACAAAUUUGCCGAGACACACACAUCGAGCGACGAUGCGGAUAUGCUAUCGGAAAUAUUAAAAAAUCUUCCACAUAAGCCAAUGAAGACAGUCGGUCAUGUGUAUUCGAGUGGUAUUUCCUUCAAUCAAAUCCCAAUUCCUAAUGAUAUUCGACCACCACCAUUUAAGCCUCUUAAAAAUCGUCCAUCAUUCGAUGGUCCUGUGUAUCUUCCAAGCCAUGAAACUCCACAUUCUGAGUAUGGUGUGCCUCAUAAAGAGUAUGGAGCACCCCAAAAAGAAUAUGGCGUUCCACAAAAAGAGUAUGGCGUACCUCAUAAUGAAUAUGGCGUACCCGAUAAUGAGUACGGUCCACCAUCUUCUUAUUCCUCUCCUUCAUCCGAUUAUUCCCAAAAACAGUCCAUUAUCGUUGAUCCAAAGGCAUAUGAUGCAUAUCAUUCAAUGAGACUUAAACUCUCAAAACCACAACCGACAGCGACAUCAUUGCCGGGACCAAUUACAUUACUUGAUGGCAUUGUGAACCAUAACGGACUUGAGAUACAAAAAAGCAUAGCAUAUGAAAUUAGAACGAGAUAAAAAGAACCAUCAACCUAACCGUAAAAAUAAUAAAUUAAACUUUUUUUUAAAAAAAAUAUUUUAUAAAAUUCUCCCGUCUUUCCUGAUCUAAUAAUGGCUAUGACGAAAAAUUUCAAAAGACUGGAAACAUUUUUAUUCAGCAUAAUAAAAAUAUAUGUCAGUCUACAAAAUAUUUAAAAUAAAAAAACAAAUGAAUUGAAUUGACCAAAAAAAAAAUACAAUCACAGAAUACACAAUCACAGACAUAUACAACACACAAGACAUAAUGUACAAUAUCAUAAUAUUUAUAUACAUACUGUACAUAUUAUGAUACUACAUAAGAGAGAGACAUAGGUAAAAUGACAAUUUUCUUUUUGUUGCUUUCUUUCAAAUGCACCACAUAUAAAAACUUUAUUAUUCUGAUUUUAGUUCUGGCUUGCUUUCAAUAUGCUAUAUAAAAUUGCUGGACUAGCAGGUUGUGAAGAAGGCUUAGAAGCUGAUGGUUAUUAGAUCAUCAAUUGGUUCUUUUUUGAAAUAAGAGGGUGUUCACGAAAAAAAAAGUAUCCAGAACAUUCGUCUGAAUCUCAGGAACAAUUCUGCAUCAAAAUUGUUAAUUCGUUUAAGGAUGGAAAAGACACAAGCUUCUGGAAAUAUAUUUACAGGAUCAUGUGAAGUCGCUGGGACAGCUAGACAAUUUGCCUCACAUGUGUGUAAUUGAAGGAAUGAAUAGUUGCACUUAGUAGUCAUAAGUCGUCCUUAUUACAAUCUAGUUCCACUAUUCCCCCUUAUAACUAGGCAUGUGCUUAACAAAAUGUCCAUGUUUCACUCAAAUUUCCAUAAAGACCU